AUGGCAGAGGCCCCUCCAUUGCAAAAACCAGUCCACCAUUUAGGGAUUCAUGAAAUGGUGCCACAUGAAGCAUCAAUUACACUCUUGGUUCGACAUCUCCCAGAGGCAAUUCCACAUGAUACCCUCGCCAGACUCUUCUCUCACUAUGGCGCCUCUUCUGUUCGCCCCUGCACUUACGGAAGAGCGAGAAAUUGUGCUUUUGUUGAUUUUAAGAAUGAAGCUUUGGCUUCUCAAGUUCAAAAACAGUUACAUGGGUUAAAAUUUCUUGGCAAAGUCUUGUCUGUCGAGAGAGCCAGAGAAUUAAUUGAGGACAGGAAGCAUCAAGAAAGAGAACCUCAAACAAGGAAGGACGUUGUUUUUACGAACAAUUCUACCUUUGCGACAGAUCUGAGUCACAGUUCUAGAAGGGAUUCUGCUCAUGCUAGAGAACCCAUUUCACAAAAACUUGGUGUGGAGUAUCCAUUUCCUCCUCACCUUGAAUACGCAUACCCCCCACCUGAUGGAAAUAUUUUGACCAACAUUGUAAAUGCUCUUAUUGCUGUUCCUCGCUUCUAUACACAGGUUUUGCACUUGAUGAACAAAAUGAAUAUUCCAGCUCCAUUUCAUACGGCACUGCCCACUCCACCUCUACGAGUUUCAGAGCCAGUUCCACCUCCUCCUCCACAAUCUCCACCUCCACUAGCUACAAAGACUGACAUGGAAGAACAAUCGAGUAGCGAGUCAGAAAUGGAGUCUUCAGAUGAUGAGGAAGUACAAGGAGAGAUUGGAUCUAAAAGGAAGCGCGUCAAGCGACAAGCUAUUUUAGGUCCUGCAGUUGACAAGGAUGUAGCUCAUGAAGCUGUUGGACUGAAACCAGCCACCUUAAUUCCAAAAGAAAAACCGAUAGUAAAAAAGAAGAACACUGUAUUGCAGAUAAAAAUAGCCCCUAAACAGGUUCAAACUGAAUCAAAGGACGCUGGUACCGCAAUGGAAUCGCCAGAGCCGGACAACGAGAUGAGUGAUUAUAAACCUUAUGCAACCCUAGAGGAACUAAAUCUUGGAAAAUUGCCCCCGGAAGAACUUUUAUCACUUCCAAUGUUUAAGAAUUAUACUGCUGGAAAUCCUGCUUCUGUUUUGUACGUAAAGAACUUGGCAAAGGAUGUUGUUGUAGAUGACUUCUAUUAUAUAUUUGGAUCAUUUUUCGGGAGCAUUGAUGUCUCCAAAUCCAAUCUCAGUGUGAAGUUAAUGCAGGAAGGGAGAAUGAGGGGCCAAGCUUUUGUUACGUUCCCAUCAGUUGAACUUGCUCACAAAGCUUUGAAUGCAGUGAAUGGUUAUGUAUUUAAAGGCAAGCCUAUUGUCAUCCAGUUUGGCAGGAGUCCCGCAUCUGCUAAAGCAAACCAACCAGAGCAGCAGUAA